AUGUCUCGAACAUCGAGCCCCGACCUCAAGGCAACAACAGAUCUCGUCGAGGAUGUAUUGCCUACAGGAGCACACACAAAUGAAGAGUUCUCCAAGCAAGACCGCGAUCUAGUUCACCGCAUCGACUGGCAUCUCAUGCCAUGGCUCUCGUUGCUCUACCUCGCCUCCUUCUUGGAUCGCACAAAUGUGGGCCAGGCACGAAUUGCCGGUCUCCAAGCAGACCUGCAAAUGACAGACGCCCAGUUCAACACAUCCCUGGCUCUGUUCUUCGUGAUCUAUGCCGUGUUCGAACCGAUCAGCAAUGUCUUCAUUGGCAAGAUCAGGCCGAACGUUGACAAGUUCUUCGUGGCUCGUGGUAUCAUCCUCUGGAGCAUCGUCUGCAUCUGCCAGGGCCUUGUCAAAGACUUCGCCGGCAUGGCCGCUGUCCGCUGGUUCCUCGGCGUCUUCGAAGCAGGCCUCUAUCCUGGCGUGGCGUUUAUUCUCUCAUGCUUUUACAAGAAGUCGGAGUUUGGCGUUCGCACCGCCAUAUUCGUCGCGUCGGCAGCAUUCGCUGGCUCUUUCGGCGGUCUUUUGCCAGCAGCAAUCUUGCAAAUGGACGGUGUAGGAGGCUACCCCGGCUGGGCGUGGAUUUUCAUCAUCGAGGGCCUGGCUACGUUUGUGUUGGGCGUGGCAUCGUUCUUUAUGGUUCAGGAUUUCCCGGAGACUGCGAAGUUUCUUUCCGAAGAAGACCGGGCGAGGCUCUUUGCGAGACUUGCAGAGGAUGAUCGAAGAGGUGAUAAUCAGCAAACGUUCAAGUGGAAGUAUGUGUGGGAUGCUGUCUCGGAUUGGAAGACGUGGACAGGGUCUAUCACGACCAUCGGGUGCUCUGGGGGCUUAUAUGCCUUCAGCCUGUUCCUACCCACAGUACUCAGAGGCCUCGGCUUCUCAGUGAUCCGCACAAACUUGCUCUCUGUAGCACCCUACGCGGCGGGUGCGCUAUUCACGAUCUUCAUCGGCUUCGUAUCCGAUCGCUUGAUGCGUCGGGGCCUGAUACAAAUCUCAACAUCGUUACUUGGAGUGAUUGGAUUUACCUUACUCGUUGCGCACGUACAUCCCUGGGUCAAAUACGGUGGUUCUUUCCUCGCAACCAUGGGCGUAUACCCAUGCGUUCCGCACUCGCUUGUCUGGAUCUCCAACAACAUUGAAGGAUUCUACAAACGCGGCAUCGUCUUCGGUAUUUGCAUUGGCCUCGCCAACCUUCAGGCUCGUCUAGCUCUGUUUACCGCCAGAUUGGUCGAGACUGACAACUCACAGGGCGUCGUAAUCUCCUACCUCUUCCCUGCGAGCGACGCACCCGCCUACCGAGCGGGCAAUUCCACUGCCUUGGGGUACGUUGCCAUCGGCAUCACGCUAGGAUCGAUGUUGCAAUAUGUUCUGUUGAGCUUGGAGAACCGAGCAAGACGUGCCGGUAAGAGAGACGCAAGGAUCGAGAACAAGAGCGAGGAGGAAAUCGCUGCGCUAGGAGACAAGAGGCCUGAUUUUUUCUAUGUGCUUUGA